CUUUUGUCAGUUUAGAAGGCGAUGAGCGAUCCAGUCAUAUACAGAUCAGUGGCCACCCCUCAGUCUGCUCAGUGCCAGAUAUGCGCUCACCUGUGCCCCUCCAGCUGGUCGUGCCUAGCGGUGUCCAAAAACGCUGCUGUUCUGGAUCUAUCGAAUGACGCUCAAACACAUAAAAUGCCAAAAAUGUCAUGCGUACUAAUAUAUAAUAAUUAAUAAAAUGCCUCGUUUAAUAAUAAUAACGCCUCAAGGAGACAGAUAAACAUCCCGGAGGCAGAGAGAGACGAUGACAUGAAUGAACACCACUGAGAGCGAGAGAGAGAGGUGCUAAAAGGAGCGGGCGCGCUCGCAGUGCGUCAUCGUGUUGACGAUCUCGCGCAAGUUUUUUUAUGAUGUCGCAGGCAUGCGUUCAGUGCUCGUGCUUCUGCGGGAUGCCAGCAUCGCAGAUCCUCGUCCAGCCUUUAGUACGAGCAUGAUAACGUUCCUGAUGGACCCGAGCGGAGUGAGUCUCCACUGAUCCCCGCAGCAGCAGCGUGUCCCUCGCCGCACGCGACAUGGAUGAUUCGGGAGUAAUCAGGCGCAGGCGGCUCCAGAAGGAUCUUCCUCUGCCCCGUAAGAACAGCAGUAACAGGAAAAGUUUGAUUCUGACCUCCACCUCCCCGACUCUGCCCCGCCCACAUUCCCCGUUACCCGGAUACAUCGGAAGUAGUCCUCUGGACAGCCCUCGAAACUUCUCGCCCAGCGCUCCGGCACAUUUCUCUUUCGCCUUCUCAAGACGGGAUGGACGUCGAUGGUCGCUGGCGUCUUUUCCAUCCUCUGGUUAUGGAACGAACACUCCCAGCUCAACGUCCUCCAACUCGUCUCAGGAGCGUCUGCACCAGCUGCCGUCUCAACCCACCAUGGAUGAGCUGCACUUCCUGUCCAAACACUUCGACAGCACAGAGAGCAUCACUGAUGAUGACGGGGGGCGCUGUUCACCCCACAUAAGACCCCGCUCACGCAGCCUGAGUCCGGGUCGCUCUCAAGGCUGCUACGACAAUGAGAUCAUCAUGAUGAAUCAUGUUUACAGGGAGCGUUUCCCUAAGGCCACGACGCAGAUGGAGGGACGGUUGUGUGAUUUCAUCCACUCGUAUUGUCCCGAGAGCGUUCUGCCGCUGGCCGACGGAGUCCUGAGCUUCAUUCACCACCAGAUCAUCGAACUGUCCAGAGACUGCCUGGCCAAAUCUAAGGAGGAUCUCAUCACGUCCGUCUACUUUUUCGAACUGCAGGAGAACCUGGAGAAACUUUUGGAUGAUGCUUAUAAGCGGUCAGCGAGUUCAGAGUUGACCUUCAUCACCGAGUUGGUGAAGAAACUCCUCUUCAUCAUGUCUCGACCUGCUCGACUUUUGGAGUGUUUGGAGUUUAACCCUGAAGAGUUCUAUCAUCUGCUGGAGGCGGCUGAAGAUCACGCUAAAGAAGGACACCUGAUGAAGACCGACAUCCCACGAUACAUCAUCAGUCAGCUGGGUCUGACCAGAGACCCUCUGGAGGAGAUGGUCAGUCGAGAGCAUUACGACUGCGAGGGGCCCGUCACACAGGAGACAGAUGACUCUGCAGAGGGAAAGAUUAAACCCAUGAAGCCACCUGGAGAGGCAGAUUUCCAGACUAUCAAACUGAUCAGCAAUGGAGCCUAUGGCGCGGUGUAUCUGGUCCGCCAUCUGGAGACGCGGCAGCGCUUCGCUAUGAAGAAAAUCAACAAACAGAACCUGAUUCUGAGAAACCAGAUCCAGCAGGCAUUUGUGGAGCGAGACAUCCUGACCUUCGCUGAGAACCCGUUCGUGGUCAGCAUGUUCUGCUCCUUCGAGACUAGACGACACCUGUGCAUGGUCAUGGAGUACGUGGAGGGAGGUGACUGUGCGGCACUGCUGAAGAAUAUUGGAGCGUUACCUGUGGAAAUGGCACGCAUGUACUUUGCCGAAACCGUGCUGGCACUCGAAUACAUUCACCACUAUGGAAUCGUGCACCGAGAUCUCAAACCGGACAAUCUGCUGAUCACGUCAAUGGGUCACAUUAAACUCACUGAUUUCGGUUUGUCUAAAAUGGGUCUCAUGAGUCUCACCACAAACCUGUACGAGGGACACAUCGAGAAGGACACCAGGGAGUUCCUGGAUAAACAGGUUUGCGGCACCCCAGAGUACAUCGCCCCGGAGGUGAUCCUGCGGCAGGGCUAUGGCAAGCCCGUGGACUGGUGGGCCAUGGGCAUCAUCCUCUACCAGUUCCUGGUGGGCUGCGUGCCGUUCUUCGGCGACACAACAGAGGAGUUAUUUGGUCAGGUGAUCACAGAUGACAUCGUGUGGCCCAGUGAUGAUGACGCCCUGCCUGCUGAUGCACAGCACCUGAUCUCAUCUCUCCUGCAGGCCAACCCGCUGCUCAGACUGGGCACAGGUGGAGCGUUCGAGGUGAAGCAGCAUUCGUUCUUCUAUGAUCUGGACUGGAGCAGUUUGCUCCGACAGAAAGCAGAGUUCAUCCCUCAUCUGGAGUCGGAGGAGGACACCAGCUACUUUGACACACGAUCAGAGCGAUAUCAACACUUUCACUCGUUCGAUGAGGACGACACCAUUGUCAAUGAGCCAGUAGAGAUUCACUGCUUCUCCUCUUGUUCGCCACACUUCAGCAAGGUAUACAGCAGCAUGGAGCAUCUGUCCCAGCUGGAGCAAAAACCUGUGGUGACCCGCCGAGAGCCCAAAGCUCACGGAGAAGAUCACAGUAAGAGAGAAAGUCUAGGCAGCCUGACACUCCAAGAAAAGACCGGGAGAACCGGAUCCCCUGAGAUGAAGCGUUUGUCUUGUUCAGAGUCGUCCUUCACUGAAUUAGACUCCAGUCCUCCCAGCGCUCGCCAGAGUUUCUCAGCGCUGAUGGACACGCACCGCUUCGCUUCUCAGCUCGAGGGAGACGGUGAUGUGCACACGUGCCAAACACCCAUCAAAACCAGGGGCUUGUCACUAGAGGGAGCCAGCUCUGGACUGGUGGAGUCCAGCUCUACGGCAUCAGCGGGACAUCCUGGAGAUAAACUCCUGCGGCCUGCCGAUGCCUCCGCUGCCACAGCUCCUCUACUCAUACCAGACUCGUUUGGGCCUCGCAUCGGAAGUGACCUUGUCUUACGAAGAGCACGGCAUCAUCAGAUACCGACCGACAGUGAGAAACGUACAGCAACUCACUCAGGAACCAAAGUCAUGAAGUCGACCUCUGCCACGACCCUGACUGUCAUCAUACCUGCAGUUGAGCAGCAUGGUACAUCAACACUAGCCAGUCCCUUAUCUCCUCGCUCCAUCUUCUCCAAUCCCUCAUCUCGUGAGUUGUCUCCGACUCGUGACUACUCACCUACAGUCAAUGUCCUGCGCUCACCAAUCACCAUCCAUCGCUCUAGAAAGAAGUACGGCUUCACCUUGCGUGCCAUCAGAGUCUACAUGGGCGACAGUAACGUCUACAGUGUACAUCACAUGGUCUGGCAUGUAGCUUGUGGUGGGCCGGCCCAGGAGGCAGGGCUUUGUGCUGGUGACCUCAUCACUCACGUGAACGGGGAGUCUGUGCAUGGAUUGGUGCACACAGAGGUGGUGGAGCUCAUUCUGAAGAGUGGAAGUAAAGUGACAGUGACAACCACUCCAUUGGAAAACACAUCCAUAAAAAUUGGACCGGCCAGGAAACUGAGCUGCAAGGCCAAGAUGGCCAGACGAAAGAAGUCAGCCACAAAAGAUGGACAAGAGAGUAAGAAGCACAGCUCUCUCUUGCAAAAGAUCACAAAACAGUCUGACCUGCUUCACACCAGUCGUAGUCUGUCCUCUCUGAAUCGCUCACUGUCAUUGGGAGACAGUCUACCUGGAACGCCGAUACACAACUGGACUCCUCGCUCUUCCACGCAGACGUACCGCUCUCCUCCAGACUCCGUCUUCCUCGGCACGUCGUCUCAGAGCAGUUCUGCAGCAUCCAGCAUGCCUAACUCACCUGCAACAUCUCAGCACAUGCGGCCAAGCUCUCUAUAUGGUCUCUCACCUAAAACCCACAGGCAGUACCGUUCUGCUCGCUGCAAAUCCGUCGGGAACAUUCCUCUGUCUCCACUGGCUCACACGCUGUCCCCUACUUCGUCUUCCCCACCAUCCAUCGCCGGACACACCGUCGGCAGCUCCAACACCACACAGGCCUUCCCCGCCAAGCUCCACACCUCUCCUCCAAUCACACGAACCCGGCCCAAGAGCGCAGAACCACCCCGUUCGCCUCUCCUUCAACAGGUGCAGUCGGCAGAGAAGCUUGGCCCACCCCCUCCACCUUCAUUUCCAUCCUCCUUGUCUUCUGUGGGUUCAGACAGAAAAGGAGGCCAUGGGGUAACCACGAGGAAGCAUGGUUUGGAAGUUGUGCAUACUGAAUACCGCCGGGAGUUGUUCCACUGUGAACAUGCCCUCCAGAGCCUUAUGGAGAUUGAGGGUGAGAAUAUGCCUGGUGCUCCACCCGACCAAAUGCCAACACACGUGUCCACCCAGUUCAGGAUGAGUCCAGUGAGACAGCUCGGGAGGCAGGACUCAUUGGCGGAACAAGAGUCUGAGGAGAAAGCGAAGCAGCACAGCUGUGAAGUUGUUUUAAGGACUGUGUCAAAAUCCCAACCAGUAGCACCCAUCUCGGAUCCUAUAUCAACUCAAACGGGCGAGCCACCUCAGAAGGAGAAAGUGGCCUCCAAGUCUGAGUCUUCUCAUGACUCAGUUGUCUCGAAAGGGAAGGAAGCAGCCAGGGAUGUGGGAAAGCAAGAAUCUCUUAAUGCAAUUGUCUCUGGUCCCAAGAUCCUUGAGCAGAUGCCAGUUGUCCAGAGCUCUGAAGCACAGGGACUUCAACCCCAUAGCCUUCAAACUGAUGUUCCUAAAGGGCUGAAAAAUGGAAAGGACAUGGGAAAGAUCCCAGUGAAGGAGAAAACUGUGCAGACAAUGGCUCCAGAGGCAAGCAAAUUGGGUAAAGGACCUCUAAACAUGGCGGGGACUGCACCUAGUUUUGUUGGUGCACCAAAAGUCUCAGAAGCAGUUCCUGUCCAGUCCAAAACCAUUGAAGAAUGGGUUCAAAUCCCAUCGGGGUCAACCAGAGGCCCUCAAGAGGAUAGAUGUCACCUGGAAGCAGCCGAAGUGUCCCCAGCCUCUCCAUCUCCAACUGCCCGAAUGCCUUGCAAAUCACGUGCUGUAACUACUGGCGACAGGUUCAGCUUCGUAACGCAGCUCACCAGUGUGGCUAAAACGGUGCUUGGUCCUAUGAAGUUGGGCUCUCAGGAUGGAGGCAAGGCCAAGGACAGCACCAAAGCCAAUGAGGACAAACGAGCCACCACAUUGGGAAAGUUUGAGGUCUCGUCUGGGAGUUGCUGUGGGUUAACGGGAACGUGUCCCAGUCCUGGAUCGUCAAAGCCUGAAAAGGCAUCGAAGAGUUCUUCCAAGCAUUAAUAAUAUUCUUAAUAGGAACAUUCCGUUUGGAAGUUUAAAUGGGAUGCGUUCCCAGUAUUUGUCCAAAUGCAGGCUGUCCAAAAGACUCUACAUUCAUCAAACCAAGAUAUAACACACAAAAAAUAAAGGAAAGGUGCUUUAAAAUGGCCAUUGUCAAAUAUGUUUGCAUGUGCAUAUGCUGUCAGAAUCUAUGCACCGUCAUAUGUGGAUGUACAGCAGAACAAACCAGUACAUCUCUCUAGAUGCAUGUUACAUGUAUAUUGUUAAUAGAAGAGUCAAAAGAAUUAGAUAUGUAAAAUUAAACAAAGAUCUAAUGCUAGUUAACACUGCACAUCCAAUCCUUCCUGCCUGGUCUGUAGAGGGCAUGGCCUGUCAUUCACCAUGAUAUCAACCACUCAGUUUGGAAGAUUUAGAAAUGUAUUUACCUAGUGGCCGAAACCAUAGAUCUAAACGACCAGUAAAUCUCGGUCCAGUACCUCAGUAGUGCUAUACUAGAGGCAACAGAAUGCCUAACUAGAGGUUUAAGAGCGUUCAACUGGUGGAAAAGGGAAAUUAUGGUUGCACAGGUACAGAACCAUAUGUAUAAGUGCUUGUUUCUGUUGUCUUAAUUACAUUUGCACUGGAAAUGCCCAGGAAAAGUCAACAUGAAAUCAGAAAUCACCAUAUUUACUUUCUUAAUGGAUUGCAGUUUUGUUUAAUCUGCAUAAAUAAUCCACCCUGACUAAAGUCUGUAGUCAAAUAGCUACUUCGCUGCCUUUUUACCGACAUUUGUGUGAAUGUCCUUUGGAGACUCUGUGUAGUGAAUCUAGCAUUGUCUUAGGAGUGAUUGGUGCCAUGAUAACGCAUUGAUUUUCUUCCAAAUCAGCCGAUCCUUGAUUGUCUUCUGCGAAUAGAGGAUUUUACACUUUACCCAAUUUUCUUUUGUGCUGUGAAGUGUGUGUGUAUGUAGGAUAGAUUGUGUCAGUGUGUUUAGAUUAGACACCAUUACUCAAGCAACGAGUACAAGCAGUUUUACAGAACGUACUUUGAUUUUAAGUCUUUGUUACAUCUUUAACUCUUUGUAUUUAUUUAUUUGUUUACAAUGUUAUGUGAAUAAUUUUUGCCCUUUUUUAUUAUUUAAAACUGUGCUGCUUUGCAUUAAUCUUUCUCAAACUGAUUUUACCGGUGAAUUAUUUUUGUACAUUCACUUCUUAUAUCAUUGUUUGUAAUUUUUUUUUUUUUUAAUGAUUUCUCACCUCAGGCAAUGUUAUAAACUAAUGCAGUUUAAAAAAUAU